AUGUCUCAGCUUCAGAGCUGGGCGAAGGAGCGGGAGCGCAAGCGUAGAGCGCGAGGAGAAGACCAGGAGGAGUCGUCGGGACCUGACCCUGAUUCCAAGCGUAGGGGGACGUUGAUCUCCUCAUCGACGGAGACAUUGGGGGAGUGUAAAGAUGGUGGGGUAGAGGAGAGAGAAGAGCAAGUAGAGCCCGGGCGGGAAGACGCCUCGAACACCAUCUUCCCCUUGGCCUCAGACGCGGACUCGAGCGCAACGUUCUCCCCUUCGCAUUCGCCACCAUCAGCACCUCCACACCUCUCAAGCCAUCCGGGACCUUACCCCUGCUACCUCGCAGCAGCCCACCACCCCCUCCCAUCCAAAUCCAAACGCCACACCCACCGCGUCAACAUCUUGAUCUACGACCCACGCAUCACCGCGACGGCAAUCAUCUACAUCCCGACACGCCUCGCCCUCUCCAUCCCUUUCACCCAAGCGAUGGAAAGGGAUGCUGGUGGUGAGUGCGAGUUCGUGACUAUCCGCAGCCGGAGCCAUUGUCGGGGAUGGUAUAUCUGUAGUCUCCUUGCCGAAUUCAGAAUCGACGGGGUAGGGGAGAUUCAGGUGACGGGGAGGGCGAAGGGGCGAGGAGAUGACGAUGAUGUUGUCCUCGGUGGCGGGGAUGAGGACGAGGACGAGGACGAGGACCACGGCGGUCUUGGUGUUGUUGAGGCUACUGGGAUCGACAGCAGCACGACCCUCGUCAACGACGACGGCGAAGGUAGCACGCCCGCCCGCCCGUCCGCCGCCACGGCCGAGUCUUCCGACGACGUCGAUGCAACGUCCCUCCCUUCUUCCCCACAACAUCCCCAUCCCCCUCUGCAUCCUCACCUCUCUGGGCCCAGAAGGUUCACCCGCCAUCCACGCGGCCAUCACUGUUCCACCCGUCUCCAGACCGACCCAGAAGUCGUGCAGGUGGCGGAGAUUAGACAAUUCUACCGCUGCGGUCGAGGCGGAAAAGCGCAUCUGCGACUUCGGUUCUGGGACCCGAGGGGCGAGGAGGUCGUGCUUAGUGGGCUUGCGCCUCGGGUUGGGAGUCGAGUUGUGGUUGGGGAUGUGCCUGUUGUGUUCAAGGGGGUGGGCUAG